GGGGGUGGUGCUAGGAGGCUCGUUAGAGCCUUUUGCCACCAUUUUACUCAGAUCCUGGCUCAGAUCUUGGCGCUGCCGGAGCUGGCGGUAGUGGAUUCGUUUCCGGAGGCAAGUCCUGUUCGACUCUUCAAGACCCCAUUUGGAGUUUUCUUGGCAAAGAUACUGGAAUGGUGAAAGGAGGUGAUUAUUUUUCACCAAAAUGUACAGGACGAAAGUGAGCUUAAAAGAUCGUCAGCAGCUCUAUAAAUUGAUCAUCAGCCAGCUGCUCUAUGAUGGCUAUAUCAACAUUGCUAAUGGUCUCAUCAAUGAAAUCAAGCCUCAGUCUGUGUGUGCACCCUCUGAACAGCUCCUUCAUCUCAUCAAACUAGGAAUGGAAAAUGAUGAUAGUGCUGUUCAGUAUGCAAUUGGACGCUCAGAUACAGUUGCUCCUGGCACAGGAAUUGACCUGGAAUUUGAUGCGGAUGUUCAGACCAUGUCCCCAGAGGCUUCAGAAUAUGAAACUUGCUAUGUCACAUCUCAUAAAGGACCUUGCCGUGUGGCUACUUACAGUAGAGAUGGACAAUUAAUAGCUACUGGAUCUGCUGAUGCUUCAAUAAAGAUACUAGAUACAGAAAGAAUGUUAGCAAAAAGUGCUAUGCCAAUAGAGGUCAUGAUGAAUGAGACAGCCCAGCAAAAUAUGGAAAAUCAUCCUGUUAUCAGAACUCUGUAUGAUCAUGUGGAUGAAGUUACAUGUCUUGCUUUCCACCCAACGGAGCAAAUUCUAGCAUCAGGUUCAAGGGACUAUACUCUUAAGUUGUUUGAUUAUUCCAAACCAUCUGCCAAAAGAGCCUUCAAAUACAUUCAGGAAGCUGAAAUGUUACGUUCAAUCUCAUUUCAUCCUUCUGGAGACUUCAUACUUGUUGGAACCCAACAUCCAACCCUUCGGCUUUAUGAUAUCAAUACAUUUCAAUGUUUUGUGUCUUGCAACCCUCAAGAUCAACAUACUGAUGCAAUAUGUUCAGUUAAUUAUAAUCCUAGUGCCAACAUGUAUGUGACUGGUAGCAAGGAUGGCUGCAUCAAAUUAUGGGAUGGUGUCUCAAAUCGUUGUAUUACUACUUUUGAGAAGGCACAUGAUGGUGCUGAAGUCUGCUCUGCAAUUUUUUCCAAAAAUUCGAAAUAUAUUCUCUCGAGUGGAAAGGACUCUGUAGCUAAACUAUGGGAGAUUUCAACAGGACGAACAUUAGUCAGAUAUACAGGUGCUGGUUUGAGUGGACGACAAGUACACCGAACUCAAGCAGUCUUUAACCACACAGAAGAUUAUGUAUUACUUCCUGAUGAAAGGACAAUUAGUCUUUGCUGCUGGGACUCACGAACAGCUGAACGAAGAAAUCUACUUUCCCUGGGGCAUAAUAAUAUUGUUCGUUGUAUAGUACACUCUCCCACCAACCCUGGCUUCAUGACUUGCAGUGAUGACUUCAGGGCUCGGUUUUGGUAUCGGAGAUCGACCACAGAUUAGAGAUUUCUUCUUUGAAUAUUAUUUUCUCUCCUAUAUAUAAUAUAAUAUAAUAUAACUUUUUAAAGUAUUUCUUAAUUCAUCAUACCAUCUUAUGGCAAUCGUGGUGCCAACGCCUUCCUGAAUUUGUACAAAAUUCUUUUUUUACCUUGAUUUAGAAUCAUGGUGGAAAAAGUUGGAAAUGCAGAUAUAUGCAAUUGUUCCACAUUCACUGAUUAUUACAGUGUGAUCAUCACUAAGUACAGUACUUACCAUUUGCUCACAAUAGUUGAUCCUUUUUAUAAGGAAAAAUUUUUACAUUUUUCUAUUUCUUGAAACAGUCUGUCAUCAAGAAUUUUCUUUUGGCUUAUUUGUCAUCUUAUGCACUGUUAUUCAUUGAAUUACUUUAGGAAAAAACAACUUUGGUAGCUGCAUUUGGUUCAUUGGUGGUCCUGCAUUUCUGAGAACAAAUAAUUGUGCCAUAUUUAAGACCUCUUUUAAAAAUAGCAAUUCUAUCUAAAAAUAUUAUUCCAGUAAUAAAACUCAGAUCUGCAAUACCUAAGUAUUACAUUUUUUACUUCAUUACAACUAAUUUUUACCUAAGAUAGAUUUUAAUAAUGCCAUCCACGUGAUCCUUUUAUCUUCAGUUUUUGCUUUUUUGUGUUUAGACUAUAUUUAACAAGGCUAUGAUAUGUGACAGUAGAUUGCAAGUUGAGAAGUCAACAUGUUAUUAAUAUCUGGAAUAUAGUAAAAAUUAGAUAUUGGAGAUUAUAUUAAUCUCUGUAAAUUACAAACAUUGGUCUUCCUCAUGAAAUCUAUAAAUGAUAUUUUUCAGUUAUUUUAUUUUUAGCAUGAACCUUAACUAUUUUCAUCAUUGAGGCACAUAAUACCUACCUCCUAUCUUUAAAGAUUUGUGCAGUUAACUAACCAGUUCUCUUUUUCUUGAAACCUUUUGAAGACAAUUUGUACUGAUUUAGUUAACUCUAGCAAGAUAAAAGAUUAAUCUUGAGCAUUUCGCUAGUCUGUCUUCCAGGUAAUUGCCACAGUUUAGGUUGUCCCAAAGAUUAAAUGACACUAUGCCAAAGUGGGGACAUAGGAAAGUGCUUUUGACAAAAAAGUAUUUUAUAAAUACAGGCAAAUAUAACCUUAUAGGAAUGAUAACUUAAGAACUAAGUCCCUACAUGUAUAAUAUGUUAUUACAGUUUUUCACUUUAAAUUCAGCUUUGGUAGAUAUGGUAGUAUUUCUAGACCACUAAUCUGCUCAUUUAAGUAUCAUUCCAGACUACUGGUUUAAGUUAUUUUAAAGCAUUUGUUAACAUAGGAUUGCCAUGAAAUCACAGAGGUUCUGUUUUUGGAUUGGAGUAGGGUUCCCAAAGUUAACACAUUAAGAAACUACCUUCUGUUCUCCAGUUUGAUAACUCAUAGUUUUGUUUUAAAUCUUGGUGUGUAAAUAUGUAAAUGAACUAUAUGAUCUAUAGAUGUUUGGAAAGAUUUGAAACAAAUACAUUACGAAAAAUCAGAAUCUAGAAUUUCUGAAUUAUUUUUCAAAUUUUGCUUUACAAGGUGACUUUAAGGAGAGGAUGUAAUAUUUCUUCAUUCUUGUACUCUUAGGGCAUAAAUACUUGAACUGGAUGAUCACAUUGAACAUCUAACAAGUUUGUUUGAAUUUCAGGUUCAUAAAUUAUACAUGUUCUUGAAUUAAAAUGAUUCAUAUCACUGCA